AAAAAAAACUAAAAAGGAGUUUAUGUUUUCCCGCCAAAACAUUCCCGCCAUCAAAUGUGAGUCAUAUAUAGAAGUAUGGCGCCAAAUUUCGCAGAUCUAGCAUUAGCGCGCUCAGAGGCCAUGGACACCGUCCCAAGUUCCCGUCAGCGGAGCCACUCCUCUGGUACACUCACUCGCGCCAGAUCACAGCUCUAUCAUCAUCGGAACCGCUCCGGUCAACUCCGCUUCGAUCCCGUUCCCUCACUGGACGAACCCUGCGCGGAACUUCUUGGCUUUCGCCGAACCAAUUGCAAGAAAGCGAAGCGCGACGACGGCGACCUUCCUCGCCGCCUGACCAAGGAUCUUCGCGCCAGGCGAGUCUAUUCGCCUCCGCAAUCCACUAACUCCGGUUUGAUCGAAAGCGCGUUUCCCAAGGGAAACGCCGAAGCAAUCGGGAGUCCCGAUUUGGGGCUUUUUUUCGAGGCUCGGGGUUUCGAUAGGGGAAAUGCUGAUUUGUUUGAAGAGAGCGGUGGAGAUUGUUCGGAGAAAUUUGAUGGUUUGGACGGAGCAACAACUCUACCUGAUGCUGAGAUUUGCGGUGGUUCAAAUUCCAAGGUUAACAAAGAUGUAGGGAAACUGGACGCAGAGGUUCCUGUCAAAGAUACACCUUCCACUGGGAAUGGUUCUUCUCUCAAGAGCAAAUCUGUAGGGGUUCUCAGACCAUGUUUCCAGGGGAAGUUGUUCAAGGCCCCGGGUUCAGUCAAUUACAGAAGGUUGUUUCCAUUUCAAAAGGAUACCGUGAGAGAUGAUUCUGUAGAUACACCAAAAUUGGGAUUUUGCCAGAAAGACCAGGAGGGUAGACAGGGAUUCCAACUGCCUUUGUCACCUCAAAGUGAAGAAGAGUCUAAACAAGAACUUAAGACGGAUGCCACUGCAGAUUAUGGUGUUAAAGAUGCUACAAGUGAUUUGCCCGAUGAUGGCUUGAAGCAAUUGUCUAGCCACAUGAAUAAUCUUGAUUGUGUUGAGGCUAGUACCUCACAGGAGUUUGGUGUUUUGAAUGAAGAAUGUAUACAGACAACUCCUCCUGAUGCUGAUAUAUAUGUUAAUUCAGAGGUCAAUGUCAAACCCAUGGAUUUUACCAGAAGCACUCAUGAAAAUGCGGGUCAAGGGUUUUGUCUGAAAGCUGACAAGGUGAAAGAUUCUCUUAAGAGUAAAUCCGUGCCGAGACAACUUUUGCACAGGAAACUUUUUAAAACCCCAGGUUCUGUCAGCUAUAAAAGGUUGCUUCCAUUUCUAAUGGAUCUUACCAAAGAUGACUCUGAUAGAUCCAAAUUUGAUCAUCAGACACAUCAUCAAGAAGAUGAGGCAAAGAGGUUCCAACUUCCUUUGUCAUCUGAAAGUGAAGAAGCUUCUAUAGAUGAGCAUAAGACAAACAGCAGUCCCAUGCAUGGCACAGUUGAGUCUAAUGGUUUGGAAAACUAUGUAUUAGUUAAUCCUUCUCAUGGCAACCAGCCAAAAUUGACACCUUCCCAAGACUUUCCUGAAUUUCCAAUGCAAUUGGACGCAAAAGAAGUGGUUCGCGGUGAUUUAUCUGCACCCUCUGUCAAUGAACAUACAGAGAACUUUGCAAUUGCUUCUAAGGAUGAAUGCUUGAGUGCAUCAGAGCUUAAUCCAUGUUCAGUAAUGGUGGAUGGUUUUCACUCUGCUAAGAAUGUUGCGCAUAAUGAUGGCGUCAAGGAAGUACAAAAUACGAUAUCCAGACAACACGAUAGUGACUCACCACCCAAAGAUCAGUAUAUGCUUUAUCUCAAAGGUGAUGUCUCUGCGCUUACAUCUGUGCAUCGUUCAAGUAAAGAAAAAGGAUUCACUAUUGCUUAUGAUGAAAGCAAACAGUUUGUGAAUCUGAAGGAGCGUGAAUCUGUUAGCAGAUUUCCCCCUGAAUGUCAGACUCUAAGUCAAUUGGAUCUUAAUGUGCUAGAUGCUGAGGAGAAUGUAACAAGUUUAAAUCAUGUCCAGGUUUCAAAUGAUAUACUUGGAGCUCCAUCUGAGAAUAUUACCUCAGAAAAAUCUGACAUGGCAGGGCAUAGCGGUGACAAAGCAGGAAGUGUGCAGAAUGGGAUAGUUUUAUGUUCAAGAAUGCCUUCAAAAGGUAGUGAUAACAAAAAUGCUAGUGGAAUAAAAAAUGGCUCUGAAUCCAAGAUCACUUCGGUUCUUAAACGCUGUCCACAGUUUAAAUUGUUGAAACAUGCUGGAUCUUUAAACUACAAGAGAUUGCUUCCAUUUAUAUUGGAUACCAUGAAAGAUGAUUCUUGCAAUUCUUGUCCUCAGCAACAAUCAGGGUUGCAGGCUUGUGAUUUAAACAAUGAUAGUUCAAGCCCAAAAUCUCAAAUUCCUGAAUUUCAGUCAUCUCAUGAUUCAUGCAAAGUGAUUCAACUGCAAGAUGAACAGGUUGUAUUAAAUGGACUCUGCAAGCCAGAAAGCUCCACUGAUCCAUCAAUUUCUGUUCAUGGAAUAGACUUACCAAUCACAACCUUGGCACCUAUGAUUAAUGAAGUUACCACCAGAGAGGCUACACCUGACUCGUCCAAGUCAUUAUCAGUUUUCUCUGAAGUAAAAGGAAACAAUUCUUUCCUGAUGUCUUCUAAUGAGAAGCUACCUGAAACACACGAAUGUUCUCAGAGCUUGUCUCAACUGCAAGUUGUAGAACAACUUAGAGUUCCCGCUGUUGGUUUGAAAAAAGGAAUUUUAAAAAGAAAUCCAAGAGGAUGCAGAGGGGUUUGUGCAUGUUUGAACUGUGCUUCUUUUCGGCUUCAUGCAGAAAGAGCAUUUGAGUUUUCUAAAAAUCAAUUGUUAGAUGCGGAAGAGGUUGCUCAUAAUCUUAUGAAGGAACUAUCUCAUCUAAGAAAUAUGUUAGAAAGUUCUGCUGAUAGUGUCAACAAUAAUCCCGUUUUUGGUGGAAGCCAGGUGAAAGAAGCUUGCAGGAAAGCAUGUGCAGCUGAAGAACUUGCAAAGAACCGUCUUAGUCAGAUGCACGAUGAUCUUAAUAUUCAUUGCAGAAUAACGAGCUUGCAGCCACCAACGGUUACGUUUGCGGUUCAUGUUGAAAAAGAAGUCAUUCAACCUGGCGGAUAAUCCUGCAAUUGCGGUCUCAAAGCAGAUAUCCUCUCAUCUUGGAAUUGUUUUUAGGAGUGAUAUAAAAUAUAUCUCAGCUUAGCCUUGGAAAACUGAAUAUCAGAGAAAUAUGUUUGGCCCUUUGAAACAGGAAGAAAGUGAGUAGAAGCGGACAAGAAUAACCUUACAGAUUUUUUUUGGAAUUUGUUAUUGUAAAUAUUUGCUCAGUUAUGAAUUUUCUAAUUUGCUCUAUUUUUUUAAGAUUAA